AUGGUUCACUCACCGUCUGCUCUCGCUCUCGUCUUCGCUGGAGCUGCGAUUUGCAGCCCUCUUAGCGGGGUCAUAGAGAGACAGCAAGCUGAAGACAGCACCCCUAUCUUCGUUACUGGCAUUAAUUACUCCGGAGACGGCUGCCCGCCAGGCACCCUUGAUGGAAAACUCGGGACUGACGGUACCUUUGAUGUGCUUUACAAAGCUCUAAAUGCUUCAAUCCACCCCGGACAGCCUGAAGUCAAAACCGAAUGCCACAUUGAGGUUGGCCUGGAGACAAGUGCUGACAAACAGCUUGUUAUUAUAAGCGGCACUUACCGAGGACAUGUGAACUUGACUGAAGGUGCCUGGGCUAAGAACCAGAACCAGUAUAAGUUUGCAAACAAUGACGGUACUACCAACAUGGAAUGGCCCUUUAAAGGACCUGUCGACCUAUCGACUGCAUUUGUUAACGAGCUUGACACUGAGUUUCAAUCUGGCUGCAACUCUACUGGAGGCAAAUUUACAUUGAUUAUCAAUAACUACCUUACUAUGACUACUGAGGGUAGUGGUGAGGGUCAAAUUUCUAUUACAGAGCUUGAUGGUGCUGUCAAGCAGUCUGUUAAGCUACAAUCUACGAAUUGCUAA